CCUCUCCCAAAAAUGCAUUUCCCAACCUUCAUCGCCGCCACCUGCGCAACCCUCGCAGCAGCAAACCAACCAUCCACCUACAGCAACACCAACACCAACUCCUACCCCAAGUCCUCCAACACCAACCUCACCCCCGGCACCUUCUCCAUCACCAACUUCGUCUUCGGCUGCACCGUAAACUGCUCCUACAACUUCGACCUCGCCGUAACGGGGUCCGCCGAAAACCACCCCGCCGUCAAAAAACCCGUCAAAUGCUCCGGCAGCCUGGAUUCCACAACAGAUUAUGUCGAAUGCGGCUACGUCAGCAAAACGCAAAAGUUGUAUGCGUACAUUGUGAAGGAUACGAAUGAGCUGAAAUUGCAGUAUGAAGUGCAGAGGCCGAAGAAUAGUGCGGUGUAUAAGUAUUAUGGGGAGAGAGAGGUGUUUGCUGCUACGGGACCGGAUGCGGGGAAGCAGGAGAAGGAGUUUGUUGUUAAGGAGAGUUUGUCGACGGGGGUUGCGUAGGGGGGUGGUUUUUUACUUCCUUAGGAGGAUGGGGAGGGGGAGAAGAGAGGGGUGAUUUGGGGAUAAGCAAAGUCGGUGUGUUGGGAGGGUGUUCAGUGAGAAGUUUGACUCGUAGACUGCUCUGCUGAAUUAAUUGGUAUAUAUUUCCC